GGUGCCGGUAAAAGCUCGGUACUGCCUGCCAGAGAUGGUUAUUCAUCUGUCGGGGAGAGGAGCGGAGGAAGAGCCGGUUCUGGUGAGACGGAGUUCGGUCUGUGAGUUCCGGAACUCUGCGAGUGGUUUGAAGCAGAUGUCCUUUUCCUCUUUCCACACUUCUGCUUUCACUUCUGUGUGGAGGGUUCGGUUCUGCUGCUCGGAAGCUGAUGGAACUCUGAAGAAUCCCUAGAAUUUCUCCUGUACCUCAAAGUUUUUUUCCCUGUUUGAGGAAUAACAGAAACUCUGUGGGGGGGUCGGAGUUCUGCUGCCUUACUGCGAGUUCAGGCGCGCGCUCCGACAUCCGGCAAAUCCGGACGGAACAACAGAAGUCCAAAACGGGGCGAGUUGUCAUCGGUACAUGAACUGGAUCUGUCUACUUCUGAGACACCAGGAGGCGAUCCUUGAAGAUCCAGAGGAGUUCCGGUCCAGCUGUUCCGCUGUGGCGCACAAAUGGUGUUUCUGUGGGACGCAAAAUACGGUACCGACCCAGCUCCAGGCCGGCGUUACACUCCCCCCUCCACCUCACUCGCUUCGGGGGCGAAAAUGGCCGAGGCCCUGCCGCUGGGAGCCCAGGAGGCCGGCGGGGGGGCCUCUCUGGUGGGCAAACUGCGCAUGGCCGAGCGCGGCGUGGUGGAGGUGAUCUCAGAUCAUCCAGGUGAGCUGGUGAAGACGGACAGCCCCAACUUCCUCUGCUCCGUCCUGCCAACACACUGGAGGUGCAACAAGACGCUGCCCAUCGCCUUCAAGGUGGUUGCCCUGGGCGACAUUCCCGAUGGUACAAUGGUAACAGUGAUGGCUGGAAAUGAUGAGAAUUACUCAGCAGAGCUUCGCAACGCUACAGCUGCCAUCAAGAACCAGGUGGCCAGAUUCAACGACCUGCGCUUCGUUGGCCGCAGUGGAAGAGGAAAGAGCUUCACCCUGACUAUCACCGUGUUCACCAGCCCUCCUCAGGUGGCGACGUACCAGAGAGCCAUUAAAAUCACGGUGGAUGGUCCCCGGGAACCACGACGUCACCGGCAGAAGCUGGACGAGGUCAAACCCGGAUCUCUGGCGUUUUCAGAGAGGCUAACAGAACUGGAACAGCUAAGGCGGAGCUCCAUGAGGGUCACUCCUCCCCAUCAUCACCAUCACCAUCUUCAUCAUCACCAACCAUCUGCUAACAGCCGCCAGUCUGCAGCUCUCAGCUCUGCUUCGUUCUCUAGCCCCACACACUCCCAGAUAUCUGCUGAUUCCAGACAGAUGCAGUCAUCUCCGUCUUGGUCUUAUGACCAAUCAUAUCCUUACCUUGGCCAGAUAACCACGCCCACUGUCCACACAGCCAAUCCCCUGUCACCUGGUCGUUCUUCCCUCAGUGACCUGUCCUCGCGGCUCACAGGUCCUGACCUCACGGCCUUCAGUGACCCCAGGAUGGCUUUAGAACGACCUUUUACCUCCCUCCCCUCCCUACCUGACUCCCGUUUCUCGGACCCCCGGAUGCACUACCCGCCCACAGCAGCUGCCUUCACAUACACUCCAUCCCAUAACCCUGUCUCCAAUGGUGCCCUUGGUAUCACCAUGGCAACAGCCAUGGCAACCACGCCAACAGGGCGUUACCACACAUAUCUGCCCCCUCCUUACCCAACAAACACCCCCCACCAGGCUCAGAAUGGGCCCUUCCAGUCCACCUCCUCUCCGUAUCACCUGUACUAUUCCACCACCGCUGGCUCAUACCAGUUUUCUAUGAUGGCGGGGGGCAGUGGUGGGGGCAGCAGUGACUCACGCUCACCACCAAGGAUCCUGCCACCAUGCACCAACGCCUCCACAGGCUCCUCCCUUCUGCACCCUUCUCUGCCCAACCAAAGUGAAGGAGUAGGUGUAGAGGUGGAGUCCAGCCAUAGCAGCUCCCCGACAAAUAUGGCUGCCACUGAAGCCGUCUGGAGACCUUACUGAGACCUCAGAGAUGGACUUCCUGUUUGUGACGGCAGACUCUGACAAGGAGGAUCAAACUUAAGACUAAACUGAAACAUCGAUCACUGUUAAUAUUUCAAUAUCUUGAUUAAUGAUUAAACAGAUAGUCAACAAACAACAUGAAAGAUGUGGAUCCAAUCAGGAAUCAAUGUUUAUAUCCUCAUCAUCAUCGUCAUCACCACACAGACCACAGAACCUUCCAGAGCCAUCCCUGAACUGUCUGAUUCUCUUAAAAUUUUAACCCAGUUUGUUUAGAUGAAAGAUGCAUGAAGCUGCACGGAGGCAGGAGGGAACCCAAAUAAAUCACAAUCAGAAUUAUUCUUUUCUAUCGUGGAGGUUGGGAAUCUGUGUAAAUGAAAAUAAAAACAAUGCAAUUAUUUGCCAUUCUUUUCAAGCCAUAUUUUAUCUAUAUGUAUAUUUCAAUAGAACAUAAACAAGAUUUCAGAUGUUGAAACAGAGAUUUUACCAUUUCAUGGAAAUAGAAGCUCAUUUUCAAUCUGAUGGCAGCAACACAUUUCUAAAAAAAAGUGUAUGGGGUGGCGGGUGGGGUAACUAAGAGUUUAACAGUCUUAAAACUUGCAAACCUGGCUUUUCUGGGUUUGAUACUGCAGAGCCUCUUCCCAGAGGGCAGCAGGAAGAACAGACCAUGUUGGGGGUGUGGGGGGUCUCUGGUGAUGUUGUGCAAUGUCCUGGAUGGAUGGAUGAGGGGUCUUCUCUGCAGUCCUCACCACCCUUGGCAGCAACUUCCUGUGUGAGGCUCUGGACCUGCCAAACCAGACGGAGAUGCAGCUGGUCGGUUGGAUGUGGUGAAGAUGGGAGUAUAUAGAACAUAGUACAUAGUGCUGUUUUAACUUGAAUUUGAGGAUUGUGUGAUGGUGUCAGUAAAGUGUUUUUGGGCUCGUGCAGUGAUUUCCAGUGUAGAGAAUAAGGCCUAUUUUUAAAGCAGUGCUGCCCAGGGACCUCAAUAUCACCAGCAUCUAAUACAAAUUUGUUAUUUUCCUUGUGCACAGAAAACUCUCCAGAAUCUCAUAAUUUUGAUUAUUUUCAAGGGAUUGAAUGUAGGAGAUGGACAAUUCAUUCUUCUCAGUUUUAUAAGGAACAUUACUUUUAAAUUUCUCUUCAGUUUACAGAAUCUGUGUUUUGCAGAUUCUUGAACCUUGAAGCUCAUUUAUGCUCCCUUUACAUACACAAAAUGUCACUGCCCAUAUGUUCUCAUGCACCAUUGGUUGCUAGGCAAUACAUCCAAGAGAUGGUAGUAUAGAAUUCAACUCUGAGUUCCAACAUCAGUUUCAGAGCCAACAUGGUGACAGUGGAGGAGAUUAAGAUAAUGCACGCCCUCAAAGAGACAUACAGCGAGGCAACACAGGAGACAGUAGUCAUCUGUGAAGCCAUUAUUCAAGCUUCUUCCUGGUUGUUCUCAUCCCUGGUCGCAUGUCAGCUAUACUGCUCAACACUGCCCCCAUGGUUUCCUGCCUCAGGGUACACAUCCACAGGAGCCCUGGAAACGGACCACAUACAGACAUAAGACACGUACUUAAGAUUCCACAUCUACCUAGAGCAUAGAGCAUAAAUGGGCCUUCAGAGAGACUCUAACUCUCUAAGGUGCUCUUUUCAUAUACAAUCAUGUUACUGACUUGAUGAUUAACCUGAUUAUAUUAACUCAUUUUAAUUUUUUCUUUUUACUACCAGUUACUUUUCCAGCCUUUUGUUGCCCCUGUUCCACCUUUUUAGAGUUAAAUUGCUUUCAUCAAAUUCGAAAUUAGCCCACAUUUUCCAUGAAAUGGUAAAUUAUCUCAACAUCUGAUAUGCUUUUUAUGAUCUGUUGGGGAUAAAAUAUGACUUCAGGACAUUUGAAAAUCAUUGCAUUCUUUUGUUAUUGACAUUUUACACAGCACCCCAAUAUUUUGGGAGUUGCUGUACACAAAGUGUUGGUUUGGGUCUAAAGAUGAGAACGUAGCAAUAAUAAUAAAAAGUGAACUAUUAGCAGACCAACUCCUCAUGCAAACUAACUCAACUUGCAUUAUUAAUUGUUUUGUUCCUAAAUUUUUCUCACAGUUAAUGUUAAACUCCGGCUAUGUUUACAUGUACAGCAACAUUAUGUUGUAAUUUUUAUUAUAAAUAAGACAAUAUUCUGAUUAUGGUGUUGUAUAUAAAAUAUAUUCCCGUUUACAUGUUACAGAUUAUAAUCUGAUCAAUAACUCACAGGAAGCCGCUGUAAUGACUAUUCUCCAGAACAUCUUCAUGUGCUGCACUGAGUGCAGGUCUUACUGCUAAACAGAAGUUUCUGCAGCAAGAUGUGAACCUUCAUCCUGCAGCUGGGACGGAGAUCCCCAUCCAUUACUGGUGACUGCUUACUUACUGGGAUUAUGUUGAUCAGAAGAUGCUGUUUACAUGGCAGGAAGGUCGGGAUCAGGUUGAGUUGGGAAUAUUAUUCUGCAUGUUUCUAUUCCUACUGGGGCUGGAAGAAAAUAGAAAACCCCAGUUAUUUCUAUCCAGUUGCUUUUCACCAGUUAGUAGCAAUAAUCAUUUGAAACUGAUUUGGAGCUCUGAACUGUGCCGGUUUGUAAGAAAUCUCCACCCACUGCUGGAGUUCAUUCAGACCUGACAUGUCGAAGCCUGUCCCUCUCAGGAUGGAAGACAGGAUAUGGGAGGGUGAGGAUCUUCCCUGAUAUGAGGAUUAAAUGGAUUUCAUGGGGAGAAAUGGUGUUUUUGAUCUUACUUCAGAAUCUGGUUUCCUUUUUCAGAAAUGUUUUUCAGGUUGUAAAUAAGAUGCAAACAUUGUCAUGGCUUGUUUGUGUAAAUCCAUUUUUUAUGCACCCAUGGUUAUUUCAUGCUGUUAUCACAAAAACGAGGCUCUGAAGUUAAAAUGGUCAGAUUUUGCUACACAAGAAGUAAACGUGUUUGAGUUCA